AGAGGAGAGGCGCGUUUUUGGAGAUGGGUGCGAUCGCGUACCGGAGGCUGACGGCGUGCGAGAGCCGGCGGCGAGGAGGAGGGGACGGCACGGCGGUGGCGGUGGCGGUGGCGGUGGCGGCGGCCGCCGCCGCGGCGAGGGCGUGGUGGGCGGCGGUGAGGCGGGCGGCGGCCGCGGGGCUGUACUGCGCGGCGGGGCGGCGGCGGCGCGCAGCGAGGAGGAGGCUCGCCGCGCCGGCGAGGUACGAGUACGACUCGGACAGCUACGCGCGCAACUUCGACGACGGGGUGUGGAAGGCGGAGGAGGGCGUGGUCUGGAGCGCCGGGGCGGCGGCGGCGGCGGUGGCGUCGUCGUCGUUGGCGGCGUGCAGGCACGCCGCGAUCGUGCCAUGCCCAGUGAACUCUGAAUUGUUGAUCCCUCUGUAACUGUAGCUUAUGCUUAGCAAUUGGAUAAUUUGAACUCUGAAUUGUUGAUCCCUUUGUAAAUGUAGCUUAUGCUUAGCAAUUGGAUAAUUUGUUUAGGAUUGAUUUCCUGGAGGAUGUUAGGCCAGUUUUGACUGCACCGUGUAAUGCAUUUUCAGUUUUUCACCCAAGAAAAAAAAUUCAGUUGGA